UAUUGCACAUGCUCAAAGAUGCAAGUUUCUCAAGGAUUUAAAAUCAAGCAUCUUUAAUGAUGAAAGUAGAAUUUUGUAACAAAAACCUCAAAGAAAUUGAUAUAUAAGUUCUAGAAGUAUGGCUCUUCCUGCUGCAAUUUCCAUUUCCAAGAUUCUUCUGUUUGUGGCUAGCAUUUUUAAAAGACUGCAAGAAAAUGUUUUCGCCAUAAGUGAGAACUUGUUGAAAGCAUUGGGUUGCAAUGUGGUCAUGAAGCAUCUAUUCAGCAAGAUGGUUUCACGAAAACAAAGUACAACUUCUGUUGGGCCUGUACUGGGAUUUGUUGGAAAUUCACCAGGAAUGGUACCAGACCAAAUUCGUGUUUUGACCCUUAAUGAUGGAGAACAUCAAGAUUCUACAUUAUAUCGCCUACAGAAAGGGUGGCAACUUCAGUUCCGUCUUGGUCCCUCAUUGUUUGGCCGAAAAGUUACAGUUUAUUGUAACCAUCCUGAGGGAACAGAAGAAGAAUUUAUUAGAAAACGGUAUCGACCCCUGCAGUGGGAAUCUGAUGAAAACGUUCAUGCAGGUGAUGAUACAUCAUCAUGUGCAAAAGUUGCAAUCAGAAGAGCAGGAUCCUUUCACUACUACUUCAUAUAUGAUGGCAGUGAAGGUCCAGGUCCACAAGGAUCCGGUUUCUUCACCGUGGACCCUGUUAUCACCUAUGGGACAGAUGAAGUUUUGCUCUUAGACUGUAUACAGUGUCAGACGGUUUUAGCCAAAAGUCUGGGCCCUUUCAGUACAUGGGAAAACAAACUGAAAGUAACAAAAGAGAGUGGCUACAAUAUGAUUCAUUUCACCCCUAUACAGGAACUUGGUGAUUCUAAUUCCUCAUACAGUCUCAAGAAUCAACAUAAGCUGAAUCCUAUAUUUAACAAUGGCAGCAAAGAAAUUGAUAUCACUGAUGUUGAAAAGUUUACAACAAAAUUAAGGAAUGAAUGGAAGAUAGUGAGCAUCUGUGAUAUUGUUCUGAAUCAUACAGCCAAUGAGUCAAAAUGGCUUCUUGAACAUCCAGAAUGUACAUAUAACCUUGUAAAUUCUCCACACCUUCGCCCAGCAUAUCUCCUAGAUUGUGUUUUACAUCAACUAACACUGGAAAUAUCUGAGGGCCGCUGGGAGUUCUCUGGAAUUCCUGCAGAAGUCUCCUCUGAAGAUCAUCUAUCUGCCAUCCAAUCAACCUUGCUUGGCUACUUCUUGCCGCAAGUGAAAAUACCAGAACUUUACAUGUUGGACGUUGAUAGUUUGGUUAGUGCAUUCUACUCUAUGGCUCGCACUCGAUUACCUCCAGUAGCAGGAACUACACAGGAAAAGGGGCAACUUAAGAUCAUACCAGAUAAGCAGUACCGUCGCCUGAAAGCUACUGUUGACAUGGAACUAGCUCUAAGGCUGUAUAAUGUAUACAGGGGUGAUUGCUUGGAAGAAGAUACCCAUCUACGCCGCUGUAGUGAAAAUUUCAAGUCACAUUUGGAGGAACUGAAUCAGGCAAUGUUUGAUGAAAUUCAGAACCAUCUGCAGGCUGCUAUUGAGAACUGUAUAGCGGGUAUGAGGUAUUUCCGUGUGCAACAUGAUGGCCCUUGUAUUAAAGAAGUCUCCAUCAAGAAUCCACUGGUACCCAGGUAUUUUACAGACUAUGGUAGUCCUAGUGGGCUGGAAGAGUAUGAGAAGUUGAUGUAUUCAUCAGAUGCCUGUUUCAUUAUGGCCCACAAUGGAUGGGUCAUGAAUGAUGAUCCAUUACAGAACUUUGCUGCUCCAAGCUCCAACGUAUACUUACGCCGUGAGCUCAUUGCUUGGGGUGAUAGUGUCAAACUGCAGUAUGGUGAGAAGCCAGAAGAUUGCCCAUUUUUGUGGCAGUACAUGCUAAAGUAUGUUGAGCAGACUGCACAAGUGUUUGAUGGAAUAAGACUAGAUAAUUGUCAUUCCACACCAAUAGCAGUUGCAGAGUACCUCUUAGAUGCAGCAAGACGUGUGCGGCCAGACUUAUACAUUGUUGCUGAACUUUUCACCAAUUCUGAUCAGAAGGACAAUAUCUUUGUCAACAGACUGGGCAUCUCAUCCCUAAUCAGAGAGGCAAUGUCUGCUUGGGAUUCUCACGAAGAAGGUCGGUUAGUUUAUCGUUAUGGUGGUGAACCUGUAGGAGCAUUCUUUCAGCCAUCCCUUCGGCCACUUGUUCCAUCCAUAGCUCAUGCAUUGUUCAUGGAUCUAACUCAUGAUAAUCCAAGUCCAAUAGAUAAACGCUCAGUGUUUGACUUACUGCCAAGUACCUCUCUUGUAUCCAUGGCUUGUUGUGCAUCAGGAAGUAACAGGGGCUAUGACGAACUUGUUCCACAUCAUAUUCAUGUUGUUGAUGAGACACGGGAAUAUGCUGAAUGGUCAGAUGACUGUUCUGUUGGUGUGAACAUCCAGUCUGGAAUCAUUGCAGCAAAAAGAGCUCUUAACAAACUUCACUUUGAGCUAGGUUUGGAAGGAUUCAGUCAGGUUUAUGUGGAUCAAGUGGAUGCAGAUAUCGUUGCAGUGACACGGCACUGUCCAGAGACACACCAGUCUGUUGUGCUGGUUGCCUAUACAGCUUUCUCUCAUCCUGACCCAUAUUAUAAAAGAGAUCAUGUCAAGCCCAUCAGAGUUGAAGGCAGAGUGGAUGAAGUUAUUUUGGAAGCUACUCUUGUCCACCGAAAUUCAAAGUACAGAACUGGAAGUCCACGAUUUGCAAGAUUUGAAGCAUUUUCAAAGAAUCCUAAUUUUAUUAAUGGACUGACAGAUUAUGAGGUAGAAAUUAGAGAACACCUUCAAGUGUCUGAGUCAAACUUCUUGGGAUGUGGAGAGUCUGGAGACUUAAACAUCACACAGCUUAACUUCACCAACUUCCAGCCGGGAUCUGUGGUAGCCAUUAGGAUUUCUCUGCAUGGUAAUGCCACCUCAGCAUUGAGUGAACUACAUAAGCAUGUGACUGAUUUCACAACAAAGAAAGUACCAAGUAACUCUGAACUAGAGGAAGUUGUGUCUCAACUGACUCUUGCUGACCUGAAUCGAGCCUUAUUUCGAUGUGAAGAGGAAGAGCGUGAUGAGACAAAGGGAGCCAAUGGUGCAUAUGAUAUACCAGAUUUUGGCCCAGUGGUUUACUGUGGUAUUCAAGGAUUCCUAUCUCUGCUGAGCAAUAUCCGUCCAAAGAAUGACCUAGGACAUCCCAUGUGCAAUAACUUGAGACAAGGAAACUGGAUGAUUGAUUAUAUAUCACAACGCUUGAAACAGGAUCCUGGGACAUUAGAGAUAGGGAUUUGGUUAGAAAAAAACUUGAAACCUUUGAAGGAAAUUCCACGAUAUCUCAUACCAAGCUACUUUGAUGUAGUGAUAACUGGAACCUAUCUCAUCUUGCUGGAUCAAGUUUGGAGACUGAUGUCAGAUUUUGUGAAAGGUGGCUCUAGCUUUCUACGAGGUUUGGCUCUGGGUUCAGUUCAGUGUGGAGCUGUAGCACAAUCAGCUCCUCUUCCAGUUCUGUCUCCCUUUUUAUCUCCACCAUGUCCUCCGACAAAAGUCAAUGACAAGGGUGAGAUAGAGCAAACCUGUGUUACUUUAUCUGCAGGAUUACCACACUUCACUACAGGUUAUAUGCGCAACUGGGGCCGGGACACAUUUAUAGCAUUAAGAGGCCUCUUCAUCCUCACUGGAAGAUACCAGGAAGCUAGAUAUCACAUCCUAGGUUAUGCAGCAUGCCUGCGGCAUGGGCUGAUCCCUAACUUGCUGGAUGGUGGACGUAAUUCCCGAUUCAACUGCCGUGAUGCUGUAUGGUGGUGGUUGUACUGUAUACAGAGUUAUGUUCAAGAGGUUCCCAAUGGCGAAUCCAUCCUCUCAGACAGAGUAUCUCGCAUCUUUCCCACAGACGACUCACCACCCCUUCCUCCAGGUGAAGUGGACCAGCCAUUGUAUGAUGUUAUCCAAGAAGCCUUGACUGUCCAUUUCCAAGGUCUGUGUUUCCGUGAACGGAAUGCUGGCCAGAAAAUUGAUGCUCACAUGACUGAUAAAGGUUUCAACAAUCAGAUUGGAGUCCAUCCUGAAACUGGUUUUGUAUUUGGUGGGAAUGUGUGGAACUGUGGGACGUGGAUGGACAAGAUGGGGUCAAGUGAAAAAGCUGGUAACCGAGGGAAGCCUGCCACGCCGAGGGAUGGUAGCGCAGUGGAACUGGUAGGACUCAGUAAAGGAGCCCUAAAAUGGUUGGCAAAGCUCCACUCAGAGGAUAGAUUCCCACAUGGUAGUGUCAAAAGACAAAACAAAGAUGGUUCUGUCACCACAUGGACAUACAAGCAAUGGGAGGAAUGCAUUGCUGCAAAUUUUGAGAAGAAUUUUUACGUACCUGUAUCCCCUUCAUCCACCGAACCUCGCCCUGAUUUGGUUCAUCGCCGUGGGAUCUACAAAGACUCUUGUGGUGCAGGGCAACCCUGGGCAGACUAUCAGCUCAGGUGUAAUUUCCCCAUAGCCAUGGUUGCUGCACCAGAAAUGUUUGAUCCACUUCAUGCUUGGACAGCUUUGAAGAAAGCAGAAGAGUUAUUACUAGGUCCACUAGGUAUGAAGACCUUAGACCCUGGAGACUGGAGCUAUAAUGGAGAUUAUGAUAAUGCCAAUGACUCAGAGGAUGGGAAACUUGCUCAUGGCUUCAAUUACCAUCAAGGACCUGAAUGGUUAUGGCCAGUUGGUUUCUUUCUACGGGCAAGACUGCACUUUGCUCAUGAGGUAGGUGGAGAAGCUGAGCUAAGACGUACAGCAGCGAACACACGCUCUCUUCUUGCUCGGCACUUUGUGGAGUUACAGUGCUCAUCAUGGAGAGGAUUACCAGAGUUGACCAAUAGAGAUGGUGCCUACUGUAGGGACAGUUGUCGUACUCAGGCUUGGAGCAUGGGUUGUCUUUUGGAAGUUUUGCAUGAUCUACACUGCUUAGAGGAACAGCAGCCCAUCACUCUCACCUCCACUAAUAACUGACUUGUCCUCGCGUGUGCAA